AUGCCUCCCAAGAGAAAGUUUGCUGACAUUGAACCCGAACCAUCAGCAGUUCCUCCGUCGCUUCCCCCUUCCGUCGAAGAAGCCUACCGCCGUAAAUGCGUUCAGCUGAAGAACCGUACAAAUGAGGUGGAAGAUGCCAAUGACGCUGCUAGAUUGCGCCUCGCCCGGAUAAAGCGUCAGGUUGAGAAGCUGAGGAUAGAACGGGCCUUUCUGUUGGAACAGCUGGCAAAGCGCACCAGUACCAACGUUGAAGACUCUGAGGGCAGCCCGAGUCCGCCGCCAACGCCCAAGGAUAAGCCCCUUCGCAUCAAACGCGGUCACCGAAAGUCUGCCCUCCUCGACCUCGACUCCAAAGCCACCCCCAAUAGCUCUUUCAAAGAACUAGCAUCACCUUCAGAAUCCCAAGCCAAGCGAGGCAGCGCCGACCUCGAAGAAACCCCUACAAAUGGCGUCAGCAAACCCUCCAAGGCCCCGAAGAGCGCCUUCGACCUCUACUGCGAGGACGCUCGACCCAUUCUUGAAGCUAAGAGCAAGGAGGAGGAAGGCGACGGUGACGGUGAUAUCAACAUUGAGGAAGAGCUCACCCGCGCAUGGGAGGAUCUUCCCGAGGCCGAGAAGGAAGAGUUCCAAUCUAAGUUUGAGGAGCUCUCCAAAAAGGCGGAUGAGAAAGACGACGACGAGGACAAGGACGUAGCGGAGGAUACUCCAGAGAAGGAGGGCAAAUCCGGCGAUGCCGACAAGCCCGAGACACAGGAUGAAGAUGUCGAAAUGACCAAUUAUGACACCGAGGACCAGGAGCAAGACCAAGACCAAGACCAAGACGACGACCAAGAUCAGGAUCAAGACGGGGAGACGCAAAUGGACAAGGAUGGGGAUGACUAG